AUGGAUAAGUGCAAUUACAAAGAGAUUCCGAAUAAAAAAGUACGGAUCAAUAAUUUGAAAGGACGCUCGGAUUGGAAACCGUUUCUAAAACAGCUGUUAAUAUGCAGUGGAGUAUGGAUGUCUGUGUUUCUGUAUGGACUGUCCGCGAGUGCACCCACUGUCUUCAUCCCUCAGAUCAGACGAGAGGCCAACAACACUGAAGUAAUCACUACUGACAUGGCUUCUUGGUUGACUUCAGCGUUUGGGUUCAGCGGGUUCCCUUUCGUCUUAAUCCUCUCAAUACUCUCCAAGUUCGUCGGCAGAAAGAUACCCUUCGUCAUCGCAGUCCUGGACUUCCUUGCCGCCUUCAUCGUCCUCUACUGCAGCACCACCGUCACACAAAUACUGAUCAGUCAAAUCAUGCAAGGAUUGUUCUGCGCCGCGCAUACCACCAUCACGAUAAUGAUUAUGACUGAAUACAUUUCACCAAAGUACAGAGGAAUAUUUCUCACAGCCAAAACUGCUACGUUCUACUGGGGAGUAUGGGCUUCAAAUACCAUAGGAACAUUUUUCCACUGGAAAAUAAUUCCAUUGUUUGGUAUAGGAUGUUCACUGUACACUCUGUUAACAUUAAUGAUCUGGCCGGAGUCUCCGUACUGGUUGGCGAGUAGAGGACGUUUCGAAGAAUGUGCAGCCUCACACAGAUCACUAAAAGGUUGUGAUGAAGAAUCUGAGAAGGAAUUAGAAGUGCUGAUCAAUUCACAAAGGCAAUAUCUUGCUAGUUCCUUAGCUAAUAAACAGCCAGUAACAAAACAAAUCACUGGCUUCUUUAAAACAAUCACAUCAAAGGGAUUUUGUAAACCAACUGCAUUGUCUAUUUUGACAGCCCUUCUAUCAGUUUGUUCUGGAAAAAUGGUAUUUGCUUUCUAUGCUGUAGAUAUUUUGAAAAAAGUUACAAAUAACGAGUCCACGGCUUAUAUAGUAAUGUUGAUCAUUGAUGGGUUUACUGUAGUCAGCAUGUAUGCAGGAUGUGCUCUAGCAAAACAUUUGAAGAGACGCACUUUGUUAUUAGGAGCUUCUACUAUAGGGGCUGUGUUUCUAUUUAUUUUGUCUAUUUACUUAUACUGUAUUCAAUUGCAUCUGAUUCCAGAAAAUCAGUACCUUACAAUAACAUUAUUCAUUGCUUUCACUAUUGCAGUCAGUUGUGGGCCCUUGUCAGUAUCAAUGUCAGUGUAUGGGGAGUUGAUUCCUAUCAGAUCUAGAAAUUUAUCAGUAUGUAUCAUUGCGCUGUUUGGAAAACUAGUUACUGGAUUGUCGCUAAAAUUGGCUCCAACAAUAUUUAAAAAUUUUGGUGUUCACGGAACAUGCCUUACGUUUGCUAUUUUUUCUGUUAUCACAGUAGUGAUUUUAUAUAAGUACUUGCCUGAAACUAAGGACAAGACCCUACAACAAAUAAAUGACCAAAUAAUGGGAGUGAAAUCAAAUACAGGUCAAACAACAACUAAAUUAAUAGUUGAUGAUAAAGAUGUAUAA